CUAGAACAUCUAGGCAUUGAUAAAUUUAUUGUUAAACAAGCCUCUAUAUCUCUUCAAAAUAUUUUAGUAAAUCGUCUUAGUUCUGCUGUAGUCAAGCAAUCUCAAAAACUCUUUAUUGGUGUUAAUGAAUAUAAUACACUAAGUAAUAAUAGUGUGUUCAAACAUGAAGUCCAUAUUCUUAAUAUUGCAAAAAGCAAUGAUAUUAAUAUAGUUAAGCAAAUUUUUGAUACAAAUUUUUUUUCAGUACUCAAGA